AUGGCCGAAGACCCGAAGCGCAAUGCCGAGGCGCUGAUUCCGAAGUUCCAAUUCGAGCGAGUCCUAAACCAAGAUGAGGCAGGACGGCGCAUUACCCUCCACGGCCACGUUGACUCUGAGCCCGCCCUCCUAGUCCUCGAACGAGCUCCCUUCCCCGAUGCGCCCGAAUACCUCUCCGCGCUCCCCGCGAGCCUGCGCAGCCUCACGAACCUAGGUAACAAUGACAUCUACUUUUGGUUCCUGGGCAGCGGCGGACCGGUGCUUGAGCACGACGAUAAAGACAAGUUCGCCGACUUCAAGAUGACGCUCAUUUGUCCCUGCACCGACAAGCACAUCAAGAAGCACCGCAAGCAGGGCUACCGCUUCGUUACAGAGACGCCCGAAAUAUACCGCGACCACAUCAGGCCGUUCAUGCAGGCAAAUCGGGAGGCGGGACGUCUGAACUGGGUCUACAAUAUCAUCGAAGGGCGGAAAGAGGUAGAAGACGUGAUCUACCGCACGCCAUUGGGAAGAGAUGGCGAUGAGGGCUUUUUGAUGCUGCCGAACCUGCAUUGGGACCGCAAGACCAUUGAGGCGCUUCACCUGCUGGGUAUUGUUGAGAGACGCGAUCUAUGGAGCUUGCGAGACCUGAAGAUGAAACAUGUUCCCUGGCUCAAGCACAUGAAAGCCAAGAUGAUCGAUGCCACUAUCAAGACGUACCCGCAGAUCGAAGAGGAUCAGCUCAAGCUGUUCUGCCAUUACCAACCGACGUAUUACCACUUCCACAUCCACAUCGUACAUGUUAUGCUCGAGGCGACCUCGACCCAAUCAGUCGGCAAGGCGAUCGGUAUGGACAGCAUCAUCGAACAGCUAGAGGGCAUGGUAGGAGAUGACGAGACGGGCAUGGACGCGAUGGCCCUGAGCUACAUUGUAGGCGAGGAGUCGGACUUGUGGACAGAUAUAUUUGAGCCCCUCAAGACCUCCCGUAAAGCUUCUCCACCGCAAUAA